GGACUCCUCACCAAGGCAUAGCGACUUCCAAAGUGACCGGAGGCAAAACAUCUCCCUCACAUGCUCUGCUGAAGAAGUUCGUCAGGAGGGAGAGAAAUGUCAGUUUCUUUCGGUAUAUAUCUCGGGAGUAGUUCGUGCUGCAUUGCCGUCAACAAGGAUGGAAAAUUUGAAGUUGUGGCCAAUGCCUCUGGAGACAGAGUUACUCCAGCAGUGGUGGCAUAUCAUGAGAUGGAAGUGGUAACAGGACUUGCAGCUAAGCAGGGAAUGAUCCGGCAUGCAGCAAAUACCAUUCAGAAUGUGCUACGCAGUGCCAGCUGCAGUGAAGAUGAAGGAACCUGUCAGUCUAAUGUAUCAUGUUGUCCUAAAUGGGAAAAUAACCAAGUGUGCUACACAGUGCAGCGAGGAGAGAAAACUGCAACUGUUACAGCAGAGGAGGUUUUAACACACAUUUUUACUCUGCUCGAAGGUAUUGCCAUGAAUCAGACAAGUGAAUCAGAGCUCCCUCUUGUUAUAAGUGUUCCAGCUUGGACCAGUGAAGCAGCCGUUGAGGUUAUCAGGAAAGCUGCCAAGAAAGCUUCUUUUAAUUUGAUGUCCACUAUCAGUCAACCUGUUGCUGCAGUCUUAGCAUAUGGCCUCGUAAAUGACAACAAAAAGAAUUUGCAAGUUGUUGUGCUACACUGUGGAGGUACAACCAUUGUAGGUUCUGUGGUUGAAAUUGCUGGAGGAUUAGUAAGCGUAAAGGAGUCGAUCACAUCUUCCUCUGUUGCAGGGGAUUCCCUAACUGAUUUACUUGUGCACCACUUUGCAAAGGAAUUUUAUUCGAAAUAUAAGGGUGAUCCUCUUGAGAGCAAACGAUCUAAAAGGAAAUUAUAUAAUGCUGCUGAAAAUUGCAAGCAUGUCCUUUCCACAAUGGGAACAGCUCAGGUCUAUGUUGAAUCUCUGUGGGAAGGUGUUGACUUCUCCACAACUCUCUCUCGGGCACGAUUUGAAGGCAUAGUCUCCUCAGCUCUCUCAAGCUUUCUGCAAACAGUCAGGGAGGCGGUGCAGAGGUGUGGUCUAACAGUGGACAAAAUCCAGAAGGUUAUUCUCACUGGAGGCUCUGCAAAAAUACCUAAACUGCAGCAGUUAGUUAGUGAUGCCUUCCCUCAUGCUGACUUUCUGUGCAGCAUCCUUCCUGAUGAAGUCCUUGCAGCUGGGGCUUCAACAGAAGCUGCACUGCUGUUAGGACAGCCCUCACAUGUGCCCCUGGCUUCUACCACGGUCCCAGCUCUGGCUACCUCAAUUUAUUGCCUGGUAGCAGGUAGUGAGAGCAAUGAAUGCGUGUUCAGCAGGGGUACUCCAACACAUGCACGGCAGAGUCUGAGUUUAGCCUUACCAUGUCCUGCGCCUUCCCCGUGCUCUAUCAUAGUUUAUGAGGAGGAAACCUUAACACAGACACCAGCAGAAAAUGCAGUCCUAGCUCAAGUUGAUGUCACAACAUUCUUAGAAAGCUCAAAAUUUGUUAAAAUGGACUUUCACCUGAAAAGUGAUGGAAGUCUCCAUGUUACGUUACAGGAGCCAAAGGCCAAAGUUAAUCAAUCUUUUAUUAUUGAAGCAGAUAGGAGUUGAGAUAGGUAGUAACUAGAUGCAUUAUCCAUAUGUGAAAAUUUCAAGCUAUCUAAUAAAUAGCCUACUUAUUGCCAAAAUUGUUUUAUUGGUUUAAGUAAGCAAAGGACCUUUUUUUAUAAAGUACAAAUUUAGUCUCCCAUAAUAUGUGCUAGGUACUCACACAGUUGUAUCAGUUGGUAUGAAAAUUAUUAGUUUUAUUGUCAUACAUUCUAUAAAUGAUAAUGGCUGAUGUCCUAUCUUUCCUGUGAAACAAAAUUCCAUGUUUAAACUACCAAAGAAUUAGUAAAUUGCUUAUCAGUGAUAUAAUAAUGCAGAAUCAAUAUUACAAAAGCACCAUCUAGCUUCUAGAUAAUGGUUAAUUAAAAAAAAAAGGAAUUCAUUGCACAUAGGUGCCUUAAUAUGCUGUAAAAACAGGAUGUUAUUAUUUGUGUUGUGAAAGAUUACUUAUUGUGGCACAGACUUACAAGGAGAGGUUGAAACUGACCAAGUGAACUGUGCCUUCAAUGUAUCAUAAAAGGUUUCCUCCAAUCCUUUAGGAACAAGUGACACAGAUUGAUAUCUUUGAUUGAUAAUGGACCCCCCAUUUGUGAUUGGUUAAGAUAUUUAGACUGUAUGAAGGCAAAGUUUGAUUUUUCUCCCAUGUAAAUGGACUUCAGAUCAGCCACCUGUUUUGAAAGGGUUAAUGUUGUAAGAGCUACAAGAAUGUAUUCUCUAGGUUCUUGUAAACUGGAUUGGGAAAUAUAUAUGUAACAUUUUUCUCUUGCCUCAGGAAGAGACUCUCAGCACCCUCAAUAAUACACAAGAUUUAGAUGAA